AUGGUGGUUCUACUGAACACACGUCGUCGUCUUGUUCUUCUACUUGCAACAGUCUCUUGCUUCUCCUUGAGGCUAUGUUUGGGGGAAGACAGAAUCACGUUCACAACUCCGAUCAAAGACUCAAACUCAGAUACACUCCUCUGCAAAAGCGGUGUGUUCAGGUUCGGUUUCUUCACUCCAGUAAACUCCACUUCUAGGUUACGUUACGUUGGGAUAUGGUACGACAAGAUGCCAAUCCAAACCGUGGUUUGGGUCGCCAACAAAGACUCUCCCAUCAACGACACUUCCGGCGUUGUCUCCAUCUCCUCCAAAGACGGAAACCUCGUGGUCACCGACGGUAGAAACCGCACUCUAUGGUCCACCAACGUCACAGUACCAGUAGCUCCAACUACUACAUGGGUCCAGCUGAUGGACACAGGGAAUCUUGCGUUACAAGACAGCAGAAACAACGGGGAGACUCUCUGGGAGAGUUUCAAGCAUCCUUACAACUCCUUCUUACCCAAAAUGACUCUCGGCACCAACAACAGAACCGGAGAGAAUCUCAAACUCACUUCUUGGAAAAGCUACACAGAUCCUUCCACGGGGGAGUACACAGCUGGUCUUGCUCCUUACACGUUCCCCGAGCUUCUCAUCUGGAAGAACAACGUCCCUAUCUGGCGCAGCGGUCCCUGGAACGGUCAGGUUUUUGUUGGUUUACCCGACGUGGACUCUCUUCUGUUUCUCGAUGGGUUUAACCUCAACAAUGAUAACCAAGGAACGGUUUCGAUGUCCUACGCUAAUGGUUCUUUCAUGUAUCAUUUCAACUUGGAUCCUGAUGGAGCUAUCUACCAGAGAGACUGGAGAGCUCCUCUGAGAGACUGGAGGAUCGGUGUUAGGUUUCCAAAGACGGACUGUGAUGCAUAUGGUAAGUGUGGUCCGUACGGGAUCUGCAAUUCAAGGGAAGAGACACAAUGUAAAUGCGUUAAAGGGUUUGUGCCGAGGAACGAGACCGAGUGGGAUGCAAGGAACUGGAGUAAUGGGUGUGUGAGAAAAGCUAUGUUGAAGUGCAAUGCAAGUAACGGUGGAGGAGGAGGAAAAGAAGAUGGGUUUAUGAAACUGGAGAAGAUGAAAGUGCCGAUCAAUGCAAUACAGUCUCUAGCUAACGAGCAGGCUUGUCCACAGCAAUGUACUGAUAACUGUUCUUGCACGGCUUAUGCUUAUGAUAAAGGGAUUGGAUGCAUGCUUUGGAGUGGUAGCUUGGUUGAUAUGCAAUCAUUUGUGGGAAGUGGCAUUGAUCUUAAUAUUAGACUUGCUCAUUCUGAACUCAAAACACAUAGUAGUUUAGCAAUUGUGAUCACUGCAUCCGUGCUAGGUGCUGCGUUCGUUGCUGCUGUUUGUGUUCUUUUAGCAUGCAGGAGAUUCAGAAAACGUCCAGAACCAAAGAAAGAUAGAAGUGCGGAGAUAAUGUUUAAGAGAAUGGAAGAACUUACAAGUGGUAAUGAGUCUGCUUCUAACCAAGUGAAGCUCAAGGAGCUUCCUCUCUUUGAGUUUCAAGUGUUAGCCACGGCAACUGAUAGCUUCUCUCUCAGAAACAAGCUCGGACAAGGAGGGUUUGGUCCUGUUUACAAGGGAAAAUUGCCGGAAGGGCAAGAAAUAGCAGUGAAGAGGCUCUCAAGAGCAUCAGGACAAGGACUUGAGGAGCUUAUGAACGAAGUGGUUGUCAUUUCGAAGUUGCAACAUAGGAAUCUGGUGAAGUUACUUGGCUGUUGCAUUGAAGGUGAAGAAAGGUUGCUAGUCUACGAAUAUAUGUCAAAGAAAAGCUUGGAUGCUUAUCUAUUUGACCCAUUGAAGCAAAAGAUUCUUGACUGGAAGACACGGUUGAACAUAAUGGAAGGAAUAUGCAGAGGUCUUUUGUAUCUUCACAGAGAUUCAAGACUAAAGAUCAUACACAGAGAUCUAAAAGCUAGCAACAUUUUGUUAGAUGACAAUCUGAAUCCCAAAAUAUCUGAUUUUGGGCUUGCAAGAGUUUUCCGAGCUAAUGAAGAUGAAGCUAACACAAGAAGGGUUGUAGGAACUUACGGCUAUAUGUCACCGGAAUAUGCAAUGGAAGGUUUAUUUUCAGAAAAGUCAGACGUUUUCAGCUUGGGGGUUAUACUUUUAGAGAUCAUAAGUGGGAGAAGAAUCUCCCACAAGGAAGAAAAUAAUCUAAACCUUUUGGCUUAUGCGUGGAAGCUUUGGAAUGAGGGUGAGGCUGCUUCUCUAGCAGAUCCAAGCGUCUUUGAUGAGUCUUUCGAGAAAGAGAUAACGAAAUGUGUUCAGAUUGGUUUGUUGUGUGUGCAAGAAGUUGCUAACGAUAGACCGAAUGUUUCAACCGUGAUUUGGAUGCUAACCACCGAAAACACGAACCUCAAAGAGCCGAAGCAGCCUGCGAUUAUAGCAAGAAGAGGAGCUUCUGAGGCUGAAUCUUCUGACCAGAGUAGUCAAAAGGUCUCUGUCAAUGAUGUGAGUCUCACAGCUGUAACAGGGCGCUAAGCGCACAGAGCUAAUAUUUUUGUUUAUAUAAUGUAUGUUUUGAGAAUCACAUAUGCUUGCAAAUUGUGUUAUUCUGUGCAUGUUUAAUAGUUUGGUUAAAUAAUACUCUCUCAGUUUCAAAAUAAUAUAUAUUUUAGAGUUUUCACACU